AUGAUGCCGAAGCGAGAAAAAAUUCAGUUAGCUUAUUUAAAUUUCAUUCCUAAGCCUCACAAGACAGGAACACCAUUGAGGCCUAUUGUAUCAUCAAUGAAUAUGCCAACGACAGGAAUCUCAAAGUUUUUGGAUAAAAUAAUACGACCGAUAUUUGAUAAACACGCGCGUUCAAUCACAAUUAUUGACGGAGUUGAUUUGAUUCAUCGUUUAGAAGCAUACAUAACAAAUGGGCAUCUCAUACCAAAAACUUAUUUGUGUACGUUUGAUAUUACAGAUUUAUAUACGAUGUUACCACAAGAAGAAUCACUUGAUAUUCUAAUUGUAUUUCUCCUUCAACAUGGCUAUCAAAAGCUUCAAAAUAUUCCAAUUGAUAUUAUUCGAAAGUUAGCUCUUAUCGUCAUUAAAGAAAACAUUUUUGUUUAUGAGAAGAAAUUCUAUCGGCAAGUCAUUGGUGGUGCGAUGGGCUCAGCAUUUACUUUAACACUAGCUAAUAUUUUCAUGUGGAAAUGGCACAAACAACUUGUUCAUCGACUAAAAGUAUCCGAUGAAACCUAUGGACGAUAUGUUGAUGAUAUUUUCUUUACGUCAAACGACUCACUAGAAUAUAUCGACCAAAUGUUAGAUGAAGCUAAUAACUUUCAUCCAAACAUUAAACUGAUGCGACAAAUUGGUAGAAGUGUUCCAUUUCUUGAUGUACUCAUUGAGAACAGAAAGCGCACUUUAACAACUUCAGUGUAUCAUAAAGAAGCAGCUGACUCGUAUGUCGUACCAUUUGGAUCAGAUCACCCUGAUCAUGUUUUCCGAAACACUGCUGACACUGCUAUUACGAGAGCAGUUCGUUAUUCAACAAUCUUAUCUCAAUUCGAAGAAGAAAUACGACAAAUGAAACUCAUGUUUCUCUAUAAUGGGUACCCGCCAAAACAUAUCGAUUGGCGACUUACUACAUUAUUCAGCAAAUACUUAUCCAAGAAUUUCAUUUUGCCGAUGCUCCAUGACUCUAAUGAGUUCGGUUAUUUACGUCAUGAGCUAUUGACAACAUCAACAGAUAAAAUAUAUAAUAGAACAGCCAAAAGCUCAACUGCCGAUCAAACCAGUGACAAAAAUAUGCAAAAUCAAUUUGUGCAACCUACAGACAACAAAGAAAUAACAAAAAGAAAAAGUCUCAUCAUUCAUAAAAGACAUGAGCAAAGACUCACCCAAAAUCAACAUCAUAUUCAAGAAUUGUGGAUGCGUACUUUUCAUGGAACCGACGUCACCAAUACUGCUCUAAUUGUCGGUACCUGUUUGAAUCGCAACUUGAAACAAGAACUGAUGCCCAAGAUGAUCAAAUCUAAUCGACGAGCGGCAAUCAGCCAAGAGACCACAACGCAACAUGAGACUGGUAAACAAACAUAA